GCGCGCCCGAGAAACUGACGGCCGCGCAUGCGCCCUUGGUUGGCGGGAGUUUCGGAGGCGGUGACCGUGACGUAGAAGGUGGAGAACGCUUCACCCUGACCAGGGAGGAUCGGCUGCGGGGGCGUAAGGCAUCCAGGAGUGACGUGGGGCUGUGGAGAGCGACCCGUGGCCUUGUGUUUCAGAGUUUACCACCUAGGAUGACAUCAGUGACUAGAUCAGAGAUCAUAGAUGAAAAAGGACCAGUGAUGUCUAAGACUCAUGAUCAUCAAUUGGAAUCAAGUCUCAGUCCUGUGGAAGUGUUUGCUAAAACAUCUGCCUCCCUGGAGAUGAAUCAAGGCGUUUCAGAGGAAAGAAUUCACCUCGGCUCUAGCCCUAAAAAAGGGGGAAAUUGUGAUCUCAGCCACCAGGAAAGACUUCAGUCGAAGUCCCUUCAUUUGUCCCCUCAAGAACAAUCUGCCAGUUAUCAAGACAGGAGGCAAUCCUGGCGGCGAGCAAGUAUGAAAGAAACGAACCGGCGGAAGUCGCUGCAUCCCAUUCACCAGGGCAUCACAGAGCUCAGCCGGUCUAUCAGUGUCGAUUUAGCAGAAAGCAAACGGCUUGGCUGUCUCCUGCUUUCCAGUUUCCAGUUCUCUAUUCAGAAACUUGAACCUUUCCUAAGGGACACUAAGGGCUUCAGUCUUGAAAGUUUUAGAGCCAAAGCAUCUUCUCUUUCUGAAGAAUUGAAACAUUUUGCAGACGGACUGGAAACUGAUGGAACUCUACAAAAAUGUUUUGAAGAUUCAAAUGGAAAAGCAUCAGAUUUUUCUCUGGAAGCAUCUGUGGCUGAGAUGAAGGAAUACAUAACAAAGUUUUCUUUAGAACGUCAGACUUGGGAUCAGCUCUUGCUUCACUACCAGCAGGAGGCUGAAGAGAUAUUGUCCAGAGGAUCAACUGAGGCCAAAAUUACUGAGGUCAAAGUGGAGCCUAUGACAUAUCUUGAGUCUUCUCAGAAUGAAGUUCUUAAUACAAAACCUGACUACCAGAAAAUAUUACAGAACCAGAGCAAAGUCUUUGAUUGUAUGGAGUUGGUGAUGGAUGAGCUGCAAGGAUCAGUGAAACAGCUGCAGGCCUUUAUGGAUGAAAGUACCCAGUGCUUCCAGAAGGUGUCAGUACAGCUCGGGAAGAGAAGCAUGCAACAAUUAGAUCCCUCACCAGCUCGAAAACUGUUGAAGCUUCAGCUACAGAACCCACCUGCCACACCUGGAUCUGGAUCUGGAUCUUGUCAGUGACUUUGUGAGAGUUUCUGCCACAAGGUGCCCAAGAGGAGAGGAAUGGGAAGAGUGCCCCAGCACGUGGUGACUGCGUGAUUUCUCCUCAUUGACUUUGAAGAUAACUGGCAGGACUGACUGUAGAGCACUUUGACUUUUUUCAAAAAGUGAUGGAAUUUGUACAUCCAAAUGAAUAUUGUAUAGACAUUUUUCCCAGGAAUGUGCAAAAUGCUUGAAAGUUCAAACUUCUUUUUUGAAAUGAUCUUCAGAUCCAGUGGCCCAUUCUUUUAUCUUUAUCCUGUGAAGGUGUUUUUCAGGUUUUGAAACAAUCCAAAAAUCAUUUAGGACCAAGUCUAAGGAAACAUUUUAGUGGCCAAGUUGGAUUCUGGUUGUAAAGGAAUGAUACUAAUUUUCUAGCAUGGCUCUGAAGGUGAUUUUAGGUAGAAGAGUUUUGAGGCUGUGCGCAAUGGCUCACGCCUGUAAUCCUAGCACUUUGGGAGACUUAGGCGGGUGGAUUGCUUGAGCCCAGAAGUUGAAGACCAGCCUGAGAAAUAAGGUGAAAACCUGUCUACAGAAAAUACAAAAAGUUAGCUGGGUGUGGUGGCGUGCACCUGUAGUGCUAGCUACUCACAAGGCUGAGGUGGGAGGAUUGUUUGAGCCCAGGAGGUUGAGGCUGCAGUGAGUUCUAAUUGCGCCACUGCACUCCAGCCUGAGGGACAGAGUGAGACACUGUCUUUAAAAAAAUUAAAAAUUGUAAAAAAAUGAAAAAAGUUUUGAGUAUUUUUUGCAUCAUUGGGAUACAUAUGUCACUUCACAAGAUGUUCAAUUUGAAGGAAAUACCACUCAUUCCCUAUGUCCUGUUGUCUGUAGUGUGCUUCAGUUUUUAAUAUUGAGUUGACCUCCUAAAUCCUGGAUUCAUGACAAGAAAGGAGUAAGUACUACUAUUCAUUGUUCUAUUUGUUUAUAAUCUGUAUUGUAAAAUUGCACAUAAUUAAAAGCUUUCCCUUGUC